GCUCCUCCCACAAACUCAGUGGCCCCGCCCAGCAGCCGGAAAGGUGUCCGUGUUAGUGUAGGUGUGUGUUAUUGAAACGGAGGGAACGAAUUGUGACUCUGGGACCCUGCUGCGCCACUGGCUUCCCGAUACACCCAGAGAAACAUGGCGGCUUCUGCGUAUCCAUGGAAACCGCUGCACAGCCCCAUGGUGGGGAAUGCUAAAGACCAAUCCAGAAUUGAUGGAGAAUCAGCAAGCUCCUAUGCAGCUUUCCCCAGAGGAAAACCAUUUAUUAACUCAGAGCUGCUCCAUUCCCCGGGCAAACCAGUGCUUGUCUAUCCUGAAAGCAACAGCAGAGCUAUCUUUUCUGCUUUGAAAAAUCUUCAGGAAAAAAUCCGUAAACUCGAGCUUGAGCGAUUAAAUGCUGAACAGAAUAUGAAGCGCCUCUCCGAUGAGACACAGGAGCACAAGGAACGCCUAGACAUGCAAGUCCAUUCCAGAGACCAACUAAAGGAGGAUGUGUCCAAGCAGAAUAAAGACUUGUGUGGGCAAUUGUCGGCUGCAGAAACCCGAUGCCGCCUUUUAGAGAAACAACUUGAAUAUAUGAGAAACAUGGUAAAAAAUGCAGAAAGCGAGAGAACAUCUGUACUGGAGAAGCAGGUAUCCGUUGAAGGCAAACGUGUUGUAGAAAAGCUGGAUAUAAAAGCCAGAUUAGAGAAGCUGGAUAUGCUGGAGCAGGAAUACCUGAAACUCACUACAAUGCAAGUUCUUGCCGAGAAAAAAAUCAGUGAAAUUGAACAGAAACUUAGAGAGGAGGAGCAUCAGCGCAAACUGGUGCAGGAGAAAGCAGCCCAGCUCCAGACAGGGUUGGAAACCAACAGAAUUUUGCUCCGUUCCUUGACACCUCCAGCAAAACCAGUAAAAGCAAAGAGCACAAAGUCACUGCAGCCAGACAAGAAGCCUAUCCAUUCCAGUGUUUCACACUUACAGCCCCACUAUCGCCUGAGCUUAGGAGACGUGCCCUUUGUUGCUGGAAAGUCCACAGGCACCAGCUAUUCCGUGAGAGCCAAUGUCCAGCAUGUCUUGCACCUGAUGAAGCAACAUAAUAAAGUCUUGUGCAAUGACCGAGUCGUGAGCGAUCAGCCUGUUGAAAGGAAAGAGAGUGCAGUAAGGUGGAAGACUGACCCCGUUUUAUCUUCUCGCUCUUACCAAGAUCUAUCUGAGGUUUUGCUCACGCUGGAGGAUGAGUUUGGGCAGAUGAGUUUUGACCACCAAGAAUUGGUAAAGCAAAUCCAAGAGGCGCACUCGGAUCGCCUAAAGGAGGAUUUAGAAAGAGAGCUGGAGUCUCUUGUUAAAAGGAUGGAGGCAAAAGCAGACCAAAUCACCAAAGUACAGAAACAUCAUGCAAUGCUUGGAAAAUUAUUUGGACAAGCCAAGGUUAAAAAGAAAGGGACUAUCGAGGCACAAUCUAAAGACAGGAGGCACUUUAGUGAUGGGGAGAAGGCACGUGUGAGCAAAGAUAAACCCGGGGAAAAGAGCAGGAAGAGUCUGCAGCUGUUGAGGGACAUGCAGACAUUGCAGACUUCCCUUCAGAAGGAGGACAUUAGCUGGAACUGCUGAAUAACCACUUGCACUGUGACAUAUCUCAGGGAAUACGCUUGCAUUGCCUCUCCAUCCUUCUCUUGUCCUGCUUUACUGCCCACUGUUAAACCUACAGAGCUUGCCCUUUCUACACUCUUCUAAAAGCUUAUUGCUGGUCCAUUGACGAAGCCCAGCUCAAAGUGCCUGUAAGUCCAAGAGGAUUCUAUUCCAAGGGCUUUUGCUUUGUAACCAAAGCUUCAUGGCAAACUGCAAAGGGAAAAAUAAGCAACACUUUGCAAUGUUAUACUACCUUUAAGGAUAAGUAAGACUUUAGAAUAAGUGAAUGUAAAAUUGAUGAGGGGGCUAUUCUAAGAAAUUUUGCAAUGUACGUUCAUUAUUUAUUUAUUUUUUAUUCCAAGAUAUUAAGGGAUACAUGUACUGUUAAUAUAAAUGAAUUUGAA